GCUGAGGGGACGCGGCGAAGGCGGCGGCCGCUCCUCUCUCGAGGCUCGGCAGGGAAUUCAUAUAAUGAGGCUUUUAUUAUGGCCAGUGACCCCUUGGAAGGCUUUCAUGAAGUGAACCUCGCUUCGCCUACUACACCAGACCUUCUUGGAGUAAAUGAGCCACGGACUCAGGAACAAACUACCUCACCCAGUGUAAUCUACCGACCACAUCCUUCUGUUGUGUCCACACCAAUCCAACCCAAUGCAUUAAAUGUUUCUGACCUUCCUACACAACCUGUUUAUUCAUCUCCCAGACAACUGAAUUGUGGAGAAGUAUCAGGUGUCAGCAUCAAUGUUACCGACGCAGUACAUUGUUCUACCUCUGGACCCCAGAGUGGGUCAUUCAAUCACAGUAAUGCCAGGAAGGAGAGCAAUAACGUAGAGAGGGAGCUUUUGCAGGGUACUACAGUAGCAGAUGUUGCUGAAGGAAAUGAAGAUAUUUUUGGGUUGAGUACAGACAGUUUAUCUCACUUACGGAGCCCAUCUGUACUGGAAGUAAGAGAAAAGGGCUAUGAACGAUUGAAAGAAGAACUUGCAAAAGCUCAGAGGGAGCUGAAGUUAAAAGAUGAAGAAUGUGAAAGGCUUUCUAAAGUGCGAGAUCAACUUGGACAGGAAUUGGAAGAACUUACAGCUAGUCUUUUUGAGGAAGCACACAAAAUGGUUAAAGAAGCAAAUGUCAAACAAGCUGCAGCAGAAAAACAGUUAAAAGAAGCACAAGGAAAGAUUGAUGUCCUCCAGGCUGAAGUAGCAGCACUAAAAACACUAGUACUGUCUACUUCACCGACAUCUCCAACUAAGGACUUCCAGUCUGGUGGAAGAACUCCUUUUAAAAAAGGCCAUGCAAGAAACAAGAGUACAAGCAGUGCUAUGGGUGGCAGUCAUCAGGAUCUUACCAUGAUGCAGCCAAUUGUAAAAGACUGUAAAGAGGCUGACCUGUCUCUGUACAAUGACUUCAGAUCUUGGAAGGAUGAGCCUACUAUGGACAGAACAUGUCCUUUCUUGGACAAAAUUUAUCGGGAAGAUAUUUUUCCAUGUUUAACUUUCUCCAAAAGUGAGUUGGCCUCAGCUGUUCUGGAAGCUGUUGAAAACAACACUCUGAGCAUUGAACCUGUUGGCUUGCAACCUGUUCGAUUUGUGAAAGCUUCUGCAGUUGAAUGUGGAGGACCAAAGAAAUGUGCUCUCAGUGGACAAAGUAAGUCAUGCAAGCAUAGAAUCAAAUUAGGAGAUUCAAGCAAUUAUUACUACAUUUCUCCUUUCUGCCGUUACAGGAUCACUUCUGUGUGUAACUUCUUUACAUAUAUUCGAUACAUCCAGCAAGGACUGUUGAAGCAGCAAGAUGUGGAUCAGAUGUUCUGGGAAGUUAUGCAGCUGAGACGAGAGAUGUCACUAGCAAAACUUGGCUAUUACAAAGAAGAGCUCUAAAACUUUUUACUCUUGCGCGUGCAUGAACUUCAUUGAAUAUGCAUAACUAAAAUUGCUGAACCUUUUUUUGUCACUUGAUAUUUAUUUCCACAAAGUGGGUCCAAGAUCUUUCUCCAUUUGCAGAUGGCACUAAGAAGUACUGUGAUUGUUUUAAACUGACCUAUGCUGUAUAU